AUGGCACUCGCCUUGUUCGUAAAGGAAGAAGGUUGGGUCGAUUUGUCAGACACAAAUUCUGGCUCUAGGGUGUUUCUCUUUGCAGCAAUCUUUUUGAUUUACUUGCUACUCUUCGGCCUCAACAUGCAUUUUGCUGCUAAACUAGAAGGUAGUGGUACUAGUAUCCGUAUUUCAGCACGGCAAGAAAUUUUUGCCAUUUCAUGUUGUUGGAAGACCACCCAGAUGCAAGCAUUUGCUUAUGCAUAUGAAGAUGUGAUGUCUUUGUCUUUCUUGUUCGUUGGAUUGUACAGAGAUACAAAAUUUAGUUUAUCCCUAUGGCUCAUCCCAUAUAAUGAUUUUCCAGAUUUGCCUUGCGAGGUUGGGUUUUUGGAAUCAGUUGAGUAUCUUGUUGAACCUAAGGAAGUCAUGAACUUCACACUGUUUUCACUAGAGUUCAUUGACCAAGAGGAAGAGGGAAUACCUUCCCGUAGACCCCCUGGAUUCUCAAGCACUGGAUUUGAUAUAGAUGCGAAGGACAAGGCAUACAAGAACGAGUGUAAGAUUGCAGUAUCUUCUUGCAUUUUUGGAAGCUCUGACUUUCUUAGGAGGCCUACAAGCAAAAAGGACUGUGAGCGCAGAGCACUAGUAAAGCUAUUCCGGCAUAGGGAAGAGCCAUCUCCUCCAGGACCUCCACCUUUUGGUAAAAAGCCUCUGGUUCUAUUUACCAAAUUCAUCAAAGUUUAUGAAAGACCUUAUGCGGUUUAUGCAGGGAUGGAGACUGAAGUGAAAACCAAGCUAAUGUCAGCUGCUUGUCUGGCGAGAUUGAAUGGGUUAACUCGUUGUAGGCUUGUAGCUGCUGCUGAGCCUGAAUAG